GACGUCUGCAGGCGAGCUUUGGGCUUAGCCUCGGCCAGUCUGAACGAGCUGGACAGCGUCUGCCGGGACGAAGCGCCGCAAACCCCCAAUGCUACUGUACCUCGCCUCUCUCCAGAUCCCCCCUCGUGGUGACGUGGUGACGCCAGGGAGUAGUGAGCGCUGAUUGGUCGUGAUUCCGGAAGCGGGAGGAAAAACGCGUGCGUCAGACGCGGCAGCGAGCGGGGGACGGCGCAGCGUUUGGAGCCAGCGGUGUAGUGGGACCAUGGCGUCGCUCGGCUGUAGCACGGUGGUCUGCGUGAUCUGCUUGAAGAAGCCCAAGUACCGCUGCCCGGCCUGCCGCGUUCCCUACUGCUCCGUGACUUGCUUCAAGAAGCACAAGGAGCAGUGCAACCUUGAAACUCGUCCUGUUGAGAAAAAAAGAUCAGCUCCUCCUGUAAAAGCUACACAGCCUGAGGAAAAUAGAGAUGAUGAUUCCUCUGUAGCUGAUUUUCUCAAUAGUGAUGAGGAAGAGGACAGAGUUUCUUUGCAGAAUUUAAAGAAUUUAGACAGGGUUUCACUGUAUCACCAAGGUGCCCAGGUGGGGUCCAAACUUGACAACCCUCCUGCCUCAGCUUCCCAAAGUGCUGGACAUACAGGUGAAUCUGCAACAUUAAGAAACCUACUGCUUAAUCCACACUUAAGACAAUUGAUGGUCACCCUUGACCGGGCGGACGACAAAGCAAAGCUCAUGAGAGCCUACAUGCAGGAGCCUUUGUUUGUGGAGUUCGCGGACUGCUGUCUAAGGGUUGUGGAACCACCCCAGAAUGAGGACUCUUAGGCUAGAUUGUUGUGCUCCUUUCCAAAGCACACAGCUGCCACUCAGAACUUGUCCACUGCUCUCCCAGGAGGCCAGCUGCUGUGGGGCCCUCGGCGAGGGUAGUGAUGUCCCAGAGGCAGCAGACUGGCUUUACUCCAGGUGGUGAUCUUUUUGUGAGGAGACCUGGCACGCACAGGGUUGUUUUUAUUUAUUUUUUAGCAGCGGCAAAGUUUAUUUGGAAAAUUAAAAGUGAAGAGUGAGCAAGAAACUGCAGAGCAAGCCUGGGUCAAGUAAAAGGAAAAAAGCAAGAUAAAAGAUCACCCUGGAGAAAGUAGAAUGGGUUAGUGUGAAGAAAGCCAUGAUAGCUACACAUGGUUGUUCUAAAAUAUUUUAUCUUUGGUACAGUUUGGGUAGACAUCAUAAAUAUCAAAUUUUAUACCCAUGAGUUAAAAACUGAAUCAAUGUUAAUAAAAUCAAGAUACGGUAGUUCAGUUGUACAUUGCACUGUUCACUGUUUUAGUUCCUAAUGUCAUUGUUUUGAAGUUACAUUAAAUAAAUCAACAACUUAUUAAAGUUUUCUGUUUUAGGAACGAAAUGCAAAUUUUUGUCCAGUUGAAAUUCUAGAGCUAAUUUUCGGUCAACUAUGCCCAUUUUCUUCUAAAGUGCUUGUGGGUGAUGGGGCGCCCCCUGUAGUGACAGAUACACUCUAGAAUAGUUGCAUCUGCUGCUGGGUUUUGAUCUUUGAAGGUGGUGAAAUUGGAAGUUCUCUGUGGCCCCAGUCCUGGCUUGGUAACCACCAGUCCUGAUCUCUCCGGAGCUUGGGCGGUAACCCUGGGUCGCAGGCUGGUCGGGCUGUUCCUGCAUGAGCUUGGAGCUGCUGUGGGAACAGUUUGGCAGUUGUUGUUGAUUCAGUGUCUUUGGCAAGGCAGCUGCAGCUGGCAGGAAAAAGCCUUGUAGAAA